AAACCGCUUUUACAGGGCUUGAAGUCUAAAGCAAGCAACAAGCUGGUGGUCACCUCCGUUGCCUUUCAAGACCACCUCACAAGGAGCCUGCUGCAGUCAGACUUCUCACUUUCUGACCCUUUGCUGAGAUGCAGAAGAAAAGCCGCCACAAACCCACAUGCAAGAGGACAAGUGGAAGGUUUGCAGAGGCCGGGUGACUGGCGAGACGAGAGAGAAUAUGUUCUGGAUCCGGCUCCUCCAGCUUUAUCAUUAGCUCAGAAGAUGGGUUUGGUGGCUUCCCCAGCAGAGAGGCUGAUGGAGGACGAAUGGAUGCAGGUCAAGGCGAGGUCUGUUCACCAGGGGGAAUCCGCUCAGCCCUGUGCGAUAUGCAGGGAGGAGUUCCGCCUGCAGCCUCAGGUGCUGCUGUCUUGCUCUCAUGUUUUCCACAGAGCUUGUCUGAAGGCCUUUGAGAGGUUCUCUGGGAUGAAGCGCUGCCCGAUGUGCAGGAGGAGGCAGUAUGAAACACGCGUGAUACACGAUGCAGCUCAGCUCUUCAGACACCGGAGUGCUACCAGAAUUCAAGCUUGCUGGCGAGGCUACGUCGCUCGAAAGUGGUACAAGCAUACGAGGAAAACAAUCUGCCCAAAAGACAAACGGCUGCGACGCAAAUUCUUUGAGGCGAAGUUGCAGGAGUUGAAUGACAGCUUUGUCCGAUACUGUCACACGGACACGGAGGCUUUUCUGAGUGAUAUCGACCGCUCCCUGUCAUCAAGCAGACGAGUGUUCCAGCAGCUGGAGAGAAAGAGCGUCUCCGAACCACAGGACAACGACUGGGACCGAAUUCAGAGCCAGGUUAUCCAGAGGGAUGUGUGGGACUGUCCCAUCUGCCUGACUGCACUGUGCAAACUGAACCUCCCGACACAAGCUGCUACUUCCAACCAUCAGCCACCCAGGCGAACCGUGCUCCUGUCCUGUUCCCACGUCUUCCAUCAGCUUUGUUUAGAGGCCUUUGAGUCGUUUACAGCCAACAGCAGACCUUCAUGUCCCCUGUGCAGAUCUGUCUACCACAAAAGACUCAUCUAAAGCAGGGGGCUGGCAGGAAAAGUUCCAGAAAAUGUCUCUGGAGCCACUGACUCGGACAUUUGCCCUGCUACAUUCAGCCCCUCUAGAAAAUAACAGGACGACUUCUUUGUAUGUCUGAAGCUGGAGCUGAGAGGCAGUUGUACUGAGAUUGAAUUUUUUGGUGCAGUGACUUCCUGUAAUCAUCUUAUCACAGGGAGAGAAACCAGCAUCCAGCAUCCUGUUUGCCAAAACCUACUGCACGCACCUAUGAAACCACAAGCUGUAAUUUUUGCACCGUUUGUGUUUGGAUUAAAGAAGUGAGAUUUAAUUUGUUAGCGGGAUUAAGGGCUGCUGAUUUAUUUAACCUUUGGUCAGAGCUUCUCGUCUUUAUGCUAAGCUAAGCUUAUCAGGUCUUGGCUCUUGCACAAAAAC